UAGGUUAAAAAAAAUCAAUCAUAACAUUUUUUUUGACAUUUUUACUCAUCGUAAUUUCAUCACACCCAUUAAAUUCUCAAAAGUAACUUUUUAAAAAUGGCACACGUACGAAAAUCGUCAACGCGUGAUAAGCUCCUAAAAGAUGAUUUAAUGGAUCGAUUUCAUGCACCAAACAGAAAAGUUUGUGAUAUCAUAAAAACCCAAAAAGAAGACAAAUUAGAUCCAUUCUAUAUUUACCGUCCACCACCAAGAAAAUAUCUUGAUUAUUCAAUUUCCCAAACGUACACAAAAAUGGAUGCCGGCCCAACAAAGAUCCAUUACUCGGAAAUUCACGCGACUUAUAUCCCAUUUCCGGAUGAUUACGUUCCUCCGCCUCCCGGAAGACACGCUCAACACGGACGCGGUCCGGUGUGGCUUUUCUGGGACGAACUGUAUAAAAUAAAAGUAGAGAAACGUCAGGCGAAAUAUAGGAUAGCAAUGGAAGAACGUUUAAAGAGGAAAGCUGCGAUUGCAAGAGCUGAAAAAAUCAGAAAACGAAAAUUAAAAAGGAAAAAGGCGAAACAAGAGGCAGAAAAAAAUAAAAGGAAUAAGACAAGAUGAUUUUUUUUGUAACAAGACCAAAAAUGAGUUUAGUAAUCGGAAGGAAAAAGAUAAUAAAAGGAGAAUGUAGAAAAGAUAAUGGUGCAAAAUAGAUAUUUUUUAAAAGUUUACGAGAUUUAAAACUAAAAUAUUCAUUAUAAUUAAUUUUUUGACAAAAGGCCGACAAAAUACAAUAUGUCCGUAAAGUCA